UCCGACAAUAUGCUGUGUGCCUCUAAACUCUCUUGACGGAAUUGAGUGUAAUUAUCGGAUUACAGCCUCGCGGCUCUCAGGUUGGAGGUAAUUACUACCACACCGAGGACGGAGGCGUCUAGAUGCCCGGCAGUGCAGUCAGGUCUCUGGGUGAUAGGACUGGGACCUUUUGACCACAAAGCCUCACAGUUUGUAUUUGUUUCCAAAAUAAAAGCACUUCUCGGGUGACUGCACUAAAGCGGAAAUGUAUAGUCGAGGAGAAUUCUGACUUCUUGUUACAAAAACUGCACGUUUGGGCUGAAGCUGCAGGAACGCUUUCGUGUCCAAAGACCUUCCCUCUUAUGUCUGUCUCCUCCCUGCCAGAAUGGAAGCAACUCCUUCUGGAGAAAAAGAAGAGAGAAGAGGUGGAGCGAGGGAGGAGAGAAAAAGAGGAGGAGGAGAAGUUAGCCAGCAUGCCGGCUUGGAAAAGAGGGAUCAUCCAACGUAGGAGAGCCAAGCAGGAGACAGUAGGAGACAAGGAGAAGGACAGGGACUUCUGCCUGCCGCAGGACUUCUUAUCUCCAUCUGAUGGUCUGAGCGACACCGACAGUUCUGUUACAGUCAAUCUGGGCAGCGAUGUGUCCCUCAGUCCAGAUCCCGGGCAGUGGCUGGAUCCGGAGCCCAAAGCAGCGAGUCAGGUUUCACUGGAAACCAUAGUUCCGGUCCAUGAAAACCCGUUCAUCCGCACGCAGAGCGGGUGGAAGAAGGGCCGAGACGGAGAGCCGGGCACUGAGACGGAGGUCAAGGAGAGGGACAAGAUGAACCCCAGAGGUCAGGAUGCAGAGACGAGAAGCGUUGAGUUGAAAAAAGACAGAUUCCGAGAUUUGAAUGAAGGAUGGGAAAAAGAAAGGAGCAGGGACGUGGAUGAAAGCAGAGAAAACUGCAGAGAAGGAUGUGACAAAGACAAAAACCAGUGGAAGGAGGCGGGAAAGGAGCAGGACUUUCUGCGGACCAGAAAAGAUCCAGAGGAAAAGGCAAGCCAGCCGCCGUGUGCUCCCUUCUCACCCGCCGUUCCCUGUCUCCGGACCAUCCAUGCCGACAACAUCAUCAUCAUUGAGCAGGACAGGAAAGGCGGCGAUGACAGGAGAGGUAAAUGGAUGGAAGCAGACAGGGAGAAGCUUCAGGAAGACCAAAUCGGGAAGAGGGGGAUGAAAAUGGACCUUAGGGAGAUCCUGGCUGGAGGGGGGAGUGUCACCGAGAUCCGAGCCUCAGAAGUUCUCAUCAUAAAGCCCGUCUUUAACCCGGAAGCCAGAUGUUCUGGAAGCAAGGGCUGGGAGGAUGGAGAGGCAAAAGGCUGCAUGGAUCUAAGGAGGGAGACGAUGGGCAAGGAUCUGAGAACAGAUGUUUCCCGCUUGAGAGAGAAGGAAAAGGAGAAGCCGUGGGGUCAUGCUACAGUUAUCAAUAUCAAAGACAAUAGGAAGGACAGCUGGGACGAUAAUGUUUUUGUGGAGAAGGGAGGAAGAGUCAGCCAGCUGCUGAGUAAAUUUGGAGAGCACCCCAAACCUCCAUCUCGAUCCAAAAGCUCCGAAAAUUUCCUCCAGCCUGACAGGAGAAAAUACUCAGGAGACGAAGACGACAGGCAGUCUGUGGAGAGGAGAGCCGACGGACAGAAGGCGCUGCUGAGGAGCAUCCCCAAACGCUCCUUCAGCUUCUCAGAUCGCGUCAUCGGUGCUGCUGAGGAGUUUGAGAGGAUGAACCCAGAAAGGAUGGCUGAUAAAUCCACAAAGCUCAAACUGGGGUGUGCCAGAGUUGUGCAGAAAGGCCGCUGUGCAAAACUGAGGGAUACAAAAAGCGAGGAGGAGAAGGUUGUGCGGGACAAGGAAGUGGAGGAUGCAGACGUGGGGUUCACUGUGGCCUCAGUUAAAAGCAUGGAGGCUAUUUCAUUUGCUAAAAGAGUCACGAUAAGGCAGGACGGGAAAACCAGAGCUGACAGAGAGCCACCGACAGCGGGGAAGAGUCGGGAAAAGGAGGCAGAAGUUGAUGCUUGGAGAGAAGUCGCUGGUUCAGCAGAAAUGUUCCCCGCACACUCGCUCGGUUCCGAACAAGGAGCUGAUACUGACCCUAAAUACGAUUCUGCUUUCACAGAGAGCCCCGGUUUGUCCUGCACUGUUGCAGGUAGAGCCCCCCAUAGAGGGCCAGAGUGGAGCGGUACAGGACCACAAGGGCCUUACCUUACCGUGCUCUCCUCCCAGCCUGAGGAUCUUAUCAGUAAAAUAGAAAAAAUAGGAGAUGCAACAGUUCAUUUGAAUGAAAAGGCUGAAAAAGCCCACAGGCAGGAGCCUCUGACAGAAGGCGACUGCAGGUCAAGAGGUCAGGAUGCGGGACUAAGAUCUCCAACAAGGAUUCCUGCUUUUGGGACCUCGCAGACCCCCCUGACCAUUCAGAUCCCCAGGACUGUGUUUUACGUUGGAGAGGAAAUGUUGGACAAAACAGAAGCAGGAGGACUCGGCUGCAAAGAGCAGGACUGGGAUGCGGGACGAGGCAUCAAGAGGAAGGACAGCUGGAAAAUCGGGAAGCACUUGAGCCGCAUCGAGUCCCUGCAGGAGAAGAUGAGGCAGAAGGAGCUGGAGAAGAUGCAACAAGGAGGAGGAGGAGCAGAGGAUGGAGAAGAGGCCUGCGACCAGGAGGACAGGUACUGGGAGAGGGGAAGUGAAACCCAGAAAGAGCAGAAGGCCGAGGCUGCUGAGCAGAGGAGGCCCGCUGAAGCAGACGUGGUACAGGAAGAGACUGCCGAGCCGUCAUCCAUGACUGCCUCUGACGUCAGACAGGAAGUCUGCGUGUUGAAAACCUGCCCUCAACUUCCUGUUUCUCUCACACAAGCUGACACAGUGGAGGAAGUGACAAGCGACUGUGCCACCACUGCCUCCGAGGUUAUCUCUGACAGCUUCCAGAUAUCUGAGCAUGAAGAAGAGCCUCUGCAACAUGUAGAUCAGCUGAGGCACAGCGAAGAGGAGGAACAACCGGAGGAGGAGGAGGAGGAAGAAUACUCAUCGUCUUUCGAUUCAGAACAGUCCCUGUCCCCUUCGCCGCCUCAUCCGAACUCUCUUGCAGCGAUGAGCCGGAUCUACAACCUGGAAACUGUGGGCUCCAGGUCGGGUUUGUGUCUGAGGGAGAAGACGGUGGAGAUCUCGUCCUCUGUGCACCUUGUGAAGGUGAAGCCUCUCGUUGCAAACUCGCAGCAGGGUGAUGUCGUCUGUGACGUUCAGACCAUUCAGCAGCAGAUCGAGCAGCUUCAGCUGAAAGAGCAGGAAGCGCUGAGGAACAGCGAGGGGAAAGGCCACCAGAGCCCCAAAGCUGGGCUGAAACACCAAAGAACGGAUAACGACGAAACGCCCGACCCCAAAGCUCCUCCACAUCCUGUUAUUUCUCCAACACCUCAGCCCAAGCAGACCAUCACCAUCGUCCCUUCAUUUCUCAGGAACCAGUCCUCUGAGAACUCUCUAAAACCCGCAAACUGCGCCCCGACUCCGGCCUCCUCCCCGAGCUCACUGUCUCCGGCCCAAUCCCCCUGUCCAUCCCCAUCCCCAACCCCAUCACCCGUCCUCUUCUCCAUCAAAAGUGCUUCUGGAGGCCAUGUGAAAAGAGGCGCCACCAUCACAGUCACCCCGAAAAAGCCUUGUGGAGGAGGAGGAGGAGGAGGAGGAACAACAAGACCCACGGUGCCAACAGCACCAACAAAGCCCCCCCCACAACAAACAAGCCCCGCUACAGCCGACCCAGGCAGGAAGAAGUACCCAACCGUGGAAGAAAUUGAGGUGAUCGGUGGAUAUCAGAACCUGGAGAGAUCAUGUUUGAUAAAAAGCAGAGGAACACCAAAGCGGGGGAAGGUCUGCUUCCAUGAGGACCAGCUGGAGCAGGUGUGUGAGUAUCCGUCAGAGACCUCCAUGCUGUCAUUUAACCCCCUCCUGCAUGACGGGGGCAAGGUGGACAAGCCACGGGCAGGGGAGGCGCAGGAGGAGGAAGGAGAGGCGGAGGCGGGAUUACUCAAGAGCACCAGGAGCGUGGGGAUUGCUCCACGUCUGAGAGUGGAUGAGUCCUGCCCUCGAUAGACGCCUCUCAGCUUCACCAAAAUUGCCCUCUUGAUGAGUUCUCCAACACAUUCUUGAUUUUGUUUAUAAUUAUUUUGUUUAUAAUUAUUUUAACAUUGCGUUUAUUCUUACAAAAAGGCCUUUUUUAAAUUGAUUUGAAAGGGCAGAAAGUGAACUGUUGGAAGCAUCUGUGACAGCUGGGAAUGUAUGUGCAUAUGAGGAAAUGAAACCUCCAAAUGUUUUACUGAGACGUGAUUGUCAGAGAAAAAGAAGCAUUUUUAUUUGUUAGUUAUCUUAUUCUAGUGAUGGUACUGUGUUGGUUUUUUCGGUCAGCACUGCCAGAGGUCGUGGAAGUGACCUCUGUGUCACCUGAUUUCACGUGCCUGCUGGAGCUGCGCGGGUGGAGCUCAGCUGACGUUGUUGGAAGCCGUCCUUUAUGAAGCUCCUCCCGACGGCUGUCAUGAUGAAUGCAACGGGCUUUGGUGCAAUGUGUGACGCGAUGUCAUCUGUUCUCAUCUGGAUGUGGACGGUGCAUGGCGUGGGCAUGGAUUUUAAAUAAAGGCUUUAUUUUUCUUAUAUCAUCAUGUCAAGUCAUGGAAAAGUUCAAAAAGUUCAAUGAGCAGAAGAACAAUCGACUCUUUAGAUCUACGGAACUGGUAUAUUUUUUACACAUGUAGAAAAUUAUUGUAAUUUAGAUGUUUUAACUAAAAAACAAUUAUCAAAGUUCUGUGCAGAUAUGUUUUUUUUUUCUAUGGUGGUUGACGAAACUUUAAGAAAAAGACUAAUUGUUCAUAAAAGCAGAUUAACAACCUGUUACCCUGUACUUUAUGGAAAACUCUUGUUUUUCUCUGCUUUUAUUUAAACUGAAACUCUCUACAUGUAUAACUGGGUUGGAUCUGACAAAUCCACACAAAAGACACCAGAGAGCAGCAAACGCCACAACAGAGACGCUCAGGAGAAUUCCAGCUAUAUAGCAAAGGAGGAUGGCUCCAAGUGGAAACCCUGGAGCCUGGAAUAGAAUAUGGGGUGAUAUUUAUGCUACCACGAUGGACACAAAACUUUAUAAGUUGCAAAUAAAAAUAUUAAAUAUUU